UUUGCUGAGAAGGACUCAUUUUCUCACUCCACGUUUGACCACAGGUCCUCCUCCACACUGCUCACUUUCUCUCUCUAAAAACACACACACACUGUCUCUCUGACUCUUUCCGGCAACGAAGUUCUGAACGACUCAUUCACUUUCUCUUCUAGGUCUGGUAAAACUCAACCGACACUGUCAGUUCUUUGAGGCAGUAAAGAACGAGGCAGUAAAGAACGAAGCAAAAAUAGAACUCUCUCAGAUCUCUCUGCACUUUAUCUUUCUCUGCAUUAAUGGCGUCAUGUGUAUUGUAUUCAAGCUCUUAAACUUUCUUUAAGGUGAAAAAUCAAUAAGACAUUCAAAAUAAAUACUACAGAGCUUUUGUUCGUUCUCUGUAGCUCUUUGUUUGAUCGGCCUUAAAGUUUUGUUCCAAUGGCCGAGACGACCACCACGGAGACGAAAAUAAUGCCGGAGGCGGAGAAGAAGAAGGAGCAGAGUCUUCCUUUUCAUCAACUGUUCUCAUUCGCUGACAAGUACGAUUGGCUUCUCAUGAUCUCCGGAAGCUUGGGAGCUAUUGUUCACGGCUCUUCCAUGCCGGUUUUCUUCCUCUUGUUCGGCGAAAUGGUGAAUGGUUUCGGCAAAAAUCAAUCCGAUUUGAAGAAGAUGACUGAAGAAGUGUCCAAGUAUGCUCUAUAUUUCGUGUAUCUUGGAUUGCUUGUGUGUAUGUCCUCCUAUGCAGAAAUUGCGUGUUGGAUGUACACGGGAGAGAGGCAAGUGAGUGCACUGAGGAAGAAGUAUUUGCAGGCAGUGUUGAAACAGGACGUUGGGUUCUUUGAUACAGAUGCUAGAACUGGGGAUAUUGUCUUCAGUGUCUCAACGGACACUCUACUAGUCCAAGAUGCCAUCAGUGAGAAGGUUGGGAACUUCAUCCACUACCUCUCGACGUUUCUGGCGGGAUUGGUGGUUGGUUUUGUAUCAGCAUGGAGAUUAGCUCUACUCAGUGUGGCAGUGAUUCCUGGAAUUGCUUUUGCUGGGGGCUUGUAUGCAUAUACUCUCACCGGUCUCACAUCCAAGAGUCGUGAAUCCUAUGCAAAUGCAGGCAUAAUUGCAGAGCAGGCCAUUGCACAAGUUAGGACGGUUUACUCGUAUGUUGGUGAGAGCAAGGCCCUCAACGCAUAUUCGGAUGCCAUACAAAAUACAUUGAAGCUCGGAUAUAAGGCUGGGAUGGCUAAAGGCCUGGGACUAGGAUGUACAUAUGGAAUAGCAUGCAUGUCAUGGGCCCUUGUCUUCUGGUAUGCUGGUGUUUUUAUCAGGAAUGGACAGACGGAUGGAGGGAAGGCAUUCACGGCUAUCUUCUCUGCCAUUGUUGGGGGCAUGAGUUUGGGUCAGUCAUUUUCAAAUCUUGGGGCAUUUAGCAAAGGCAAAGCAGCUGGGUACAAGUUAAUGGAGAUUAUCAAGCAAAAGCCCUCCAUAAUUCAAGACCCCUCAGAUGGGAAGUGUUUGGCUGAGGUUAAAGGAAACAUAGAAUUCAAAGAUGUGACCUUCAGUUACCCAUCACGGCCUGAUGUUAUUAUAUUUAGGGAUUUCUCAAUUUUCUUUCCCGCUGGAAAGACAGUUGCAGUUGUUGGUGGGAGUGGAUCAGGGAAAAGCACUGUUGUCUCCCUGAUAGAAAGGUUCUAUGAUCCUACUCAAGGGCAAAUUUUGCUCGACAGUGUGGAUAUAAAGACACUACAACUUAAAUGGUUGCGUGAUCAGAUUGGUCUUGUGAACCAAGAACCCGCUCUCUUUGCCACCACCAUACUUGAGAACAUAUUCUAUGGAAAGCCUGAUGCAACAAUGGCUGAAAUAGAAGCUGCUGCUUCAGCUGCUAAUGCUCAUAGUUUCAUUACCUUGCUUCCUAAUGGAUAUAACACGCAGGUGGGAGAGCGAGGAGUGCAACUCUCUGGUGGUCAGAAACAGAGAAUUGCAAUUGCAAGAGCUAUGUUGAAAAACCCAAAGAUCCUCCUCCUCGAUGAAGCAACUAGCGCCCUUGAUGCAAGUUCUGAGAGCAUUGUUCAAGAAGCUUUGGACCGUCUCAUGGUUGGGAGGACAACUGUAGUUGUUGCCCAUCGCCUCUCCACCAUAAGAAAUGUUGAUACAAUUGCAGUUAUACAGCAAGGGCUAGUUGUGGAGACAGGAACACAUGAAGAAUUAAUUUCCAAAGCUGGGGCGUAUGCUUCAUUAAUUCGAUUCCAAGAAAUGGUAAGAAACAGAGACUUUUCAAACUCUUCAACCCGCCGUUCACGCUCAUCACGACUAAGCCAUUCAUUGUCAACAAAAUCUCUAAGCCUUCGCUCCGGCAGCUUAAGGAACUUGAGCUAUCAGUACAGCACUGGUGCAGAUGGUAGGAUAGAGAUGGUCUCUAAUGCUGAAACAGAGAGAAAAAAUCCAGCACCAAGAGGGUACUUCUUCCGACUUCUCAAGCUUAAUGCUCCUGAGUGGCCCUAUUCCAUAAUGGGUGCUGUGGGAUCUGUUCUCUCUGGUUUUAUUGGUCCUACCUUUGCCAUUGUGAUGAGCAAUAUGAUUGAGGUAUUUUACUACAGAAAUCCUGCAAGCAUGGAGAGGAAGACAAAGGAAUAUGUUUUCAUAUACAUUGGAGCUGGUCUUUAUGCUGUGGUUGCAUAUUUGAUACAGCAUUACUUCUUCAGUAUUAUGGGAGAGAACCUCACUACAAGAGUGAGGAGGAUGAUGCUUGCAGCAAUCCUAAGGAAUGAAGUUGGUUGGUUCGACGAAGAGGAGCACAACUCGAGCCUUGUUGCAGCUCGCCUAGCCACAGACGCUUCUGACGUGAAAUCCGCCAUUGCUGAGAGGAUUUCCGUUAUAUUGCAGAACAUGACAUCUCUCCUCACUUCAUUCAUAGUUGCUUUCAUAGUUGAAUGGAGGGUCUCUCUUCUCAUCCUAGCAACCUUCCCUCUUCUUGUCCUUGCAAAUUUUGCCCAGCAACUCUCUCUUAAAGGAUUUGCUGGAGAUACAGCCAAGGCACAUGCAAAGUCUAGCAUGAUUGCGGGGGAGGGAGUGAGCAACAUUCGAACUGUUGCAGCAUUCAAUGCACAAGAGAAGAUCCUCUCUCUAUUCUGGCAUGAGCUCCGUGUGCCACAGCUCCAAAGUCUUCGCCGCAGCCAAUCUGCUGGCGUCCUAUUUGGCCUCUCUCAGCUGGCAUUAUACACCUCGGAAGCACUCAUCCUUUGGUAUGGCGCCCACCUUGUAAGCAAAGGAGUCUCCACAUUCUCAAAGGUCAUUAAAGUUUUUGUGGUAUUAGUCAUCACAGCCAAUUCAGUUGCGGAAACUGUUAGCCUUGCUCCUGAGAUAAUUAGGGGUGGUGAAGCUGUUGGUUCUGUAUUUUCAAUUCUAGACCGUUCCACAAAGAUUGACCCUGAUGACUCCGAGGCUGAGCCUGUUGAAUCAAUUCGUGGAGAUAUUGAACUUCGUCACGUUGACUUUGCCUACCCGUCACGACCUGAUGUCAAUGUGUUCAAUGACUUCAACCUCAGAAUACGUUCUGGCCAGAGCCAAGCUCUUGUUGGAGCCAGUGGUUCCGGGAAGAGUUCUGUAAUUGCAUUGAUUGAACGAUUCUAUGAUCCUACAGCUGGAAAAGUUAUGAUUGAUGGAAAAGACAUCCGAAAAUUGAACUUGAAGUCUCUCAGGCUUAAAAUUGGAUUGGUCCAACAAGAGCCAGCACUCUUUGCCUCAAGCAUUUUCGAUAACAUUGUCUAUGGGAAAGAAGGAGCAACAGAAACAGAAGUCAUUGAAGCAGCUCGUGCAGCAAAUGUGCACGCAUUUAUUAGUGGCCUGUCUGAUGGGUACAAAACACCGGUUGGUGAGAGAGGGGUUCAACUCUCUGGAGGACAAAAACAAAGAAUUGCAAUUGCACGGGCUGUUCUUAAGGAUCCAACAAUACUUCUCCUGGACGAGGCAACAAGUGCACUGGAUGCAGAGUCGGAGUGUGUACUACAGGAAGCCCUCGAGAGGCUAAUGAGGGGUCGAACCACCGUGCUUGUGGCUCACCGUUUAUCAACCAUACGGGGCGUGGAUAGUAUUGGAGUGGUUCAAGAUGGGCGCAUUGUAGAACAAGGCAGCCACUCUGAGCUAGUCAGCCGACCUGAUGGGGCUUACUCUAGACUUUUGCAAUUGCAGCACCAUCACAUUUGAAGAGGACAAAAGAAGUGUUGGUCGAACAUGGCCUGUUUUGGGUGGUAAUUACUAAUUUAUAUAUGUUUGGGUCCCAUUAAAUGUUGCUUUCAUUUCCUUUUCGAAUGAUGAUAGUUGUAGAUAGGAUGUGAAGACUGUCAUGUAAGAACUACUACUCCUCCAUUCCCAAUGGAUAUGCAUACGUAUUUAUAAAUAUCUAUGGUGCAUGGGUGCAUGACCCUCUGUUGAUCUA